AUGACCGCUGCUGCACCCACUGCGGAGAGCUGGAGACAUCUCAGCAUGUUGCUGAUGGAGUGCUGGUUCUACGAAGAAGAACGGAGAGAUUUGAAGGAAUCCUCCGACGGAAGAUGCAGGAUAACAGUACAAAAUACAAGUAAACACAUGAGGUGGAGCUUAGCGAAUUCUGGCAGCAGACUUCUAAAUGUGUACAGACUUAUCAAGGGCACGCUGGAUAGCAUGAGUGACAUGAUCGAAAAAGCACGAUUCGGAGACAGCGGGUUUGUGUGCGUCUGUAACGCCACCUACUGUGACACCUUCACCUACCCUUCUCGUUCCACUGAAAACUUCACUCACAUCUUCACCAGCAACCACACGCCGGGCUACAACUUUCACUGGGGCACUGUACAGGACGCGUCCACACUUCCCAUCAUCUUGUCUGAUGAUACAAUAAAAAUCACGAUAAACACAAGUCACACUCACCAACGAUUGAAGGGAAUCGGGAGUUCCUUCACUGACUCGUUUGGCUUCAAUGUGAAGAGUCUCAGUGACGGAGCUGGGCAAAAUCUGUUGAACUCCUGCUUUGCACCGAAUGGGAACGAGUACAAGUUGGCCAGAGUUCCGGCAGGCGCGUCUGACUUUAGCCCUAGAACUUACACGUACGAUGAUUUUCCUGAUGACGUCACACUGUCACAUUUCAGUCUGGCUGACGAGGACUACAUGUACAAGAUCCCAAUUAUCAACGCGGCAAAGAAAAUCAGUCGACACAAUUUAUAUUUAUUCGCAACUCCAUGGACCAGCCCUAGCUGGACAAAAACCAACGAAUACUAUCUACCAGGGUACUUGCAACGGAAGUACUAUUCUUACUGGGCCAAGUAUUUAAUAAGAUUUCUGGAAGAAUACAAGGAAAAUGGGUUAGACUUCUGGGGAUUUUCACUUUCCAACGAGCCCUUGUCCCCAAUAGACAUUGGCUUUGCUUACUUAAACAACAACAUAAUGUGGAUGCCCAUGGAUCAGCGGGUGUUCGUGAAAGAGUAUCUGGGACCACUCCUGCGCGCUUCACCCUUUAACAAAACCAAACUCUUCACUUUGGAGGAUAACCGCACGUUUUUGAAAUACUGGAUUGACACGAUGAUGGCGGAUGCAGAUGUUGCCAAAUACAUAGAUGGAAUCUCACUGCACUGGUAUGGUGAUACCACCUCAUCUCCAGAGAUAUUGGACGAGGUCUUCAAGGCUUACAAUAAGGACAUUAUGUACAGCGAAGCCUGCGUCACCAUGCCUAUGGACCCCACCAAAGUGGUUGAUCUGGGAUCAUGGAAACGGGGUAGUAUGUACGCUGAAGACAUAAUAGACGUUCUGAACCACAUGUCACUCUCAUUCAUCGACUGGAACAUGGCCCUGGACACGGAAGGAGGUCCGGUGUACACCCCUUCCGGCCCCGUGGACAGUCCUAUCAUCGUGAACGCCUCGGCCGACGAGUUCUAUAAGAACCCAAUGUUCUACGUUCUCGGCCACUUCUCCAAGUUCAUCGAUGAAGGAUCCUACCGUGUACACUCCACUUCUCAACCCUCGUCCAGCAUCAGUCACCUAGCCACCACUAAUCCUGACGGUAGCACCUCCACUUUCGUCUACAACCCAACUAACAGGGACUUGACUGUCUGGCUGCAUGACGUAAUCAAGGAGAGAACAUUAAAAAUAACGGCAAUUUCUGGAUCUUUAAAUACGGUCGUUUGGUGGUAGACCUAGGGAUUCUAAAUAAAACCAGAAUGUAUUUAUUGUCAUCAGAGGUAGCACCAGUGAAAAAUUUUGAAUUAAACAAUUUUUUUAUAAUUA